CACAACACAACACAACACGACACAGCUGCCAACAUGGAAGGAAGUGGGAAAGCAGUUUCUACAAAUGAACUUUUAAAAGACGAGUGCUAUGCUGAUUUUUGUAAAGAAGACUUUGAUGUCAAGACACACACAGCGCAAGCUAUUCAGCAUGCAGUUAUAGCAGAGCAACUAGCAAAACUUGCUCAAGGAAUCAGUCAGUUGGACAAAGAACUGCAUUUACAGGUGGUUGCCAGACAUGAAGACCUGCUGGCACAAGCUACUGGGAUUGAGUCUUUGGAAGGUGUAUUACAAAUGAUGCAGACAAGAAUUUCUGCUUUACAAGGAGCUGUUGACAGGAUAAGGACCAAAAUCGUGGAUCCCUAUAAUAAGAUUGUUUCCCGUACUGCUCAAUUAGCCAGACUACAGGUGGCAUGUGAUUUGCUGCGAAGGAUAAUCCGCAUCUUGUAUCUCAGUAAGAGACUCCAGGGCCAGCUGCAGGGAGGCAGCAGAGAGAUCACCAAAGCUGCCCAGAGUCUCAAUGAACUGGAUUACCUGUCGCAGGGAGUGGAUUUGUCUGGAAUAGAAGUGAUUGAAAAUGACUUGCUUUUCAUUGCGCGGGCCCGACUGGAGGUAGAAAAUCAAGCCAAACGCUUGUUAGAGCAAGGGAUGGAGACGCAGAACCCUACCCAAGUGGGAACAGCACUACAGGUUUUCUACAACCUAGGAAGUUUGAAAGAAACCAUUAACAGUGUGGUUGAUGGGUACCGUGCUUCAUUAGAAGACAACGUGAACAGUGCUUUGGAUAUCAAAGUCUUAACACAACCCACACAGGCAAAUGCAAGAGGGGGUCCUGGGAGAGCAGUAAUGCCCACACCAGGAAACACUGCUGCAUUCCGGGCAGCCCUCUGGACAAACCUGGAGAAGCUCAUGGACCAGAUCUGUGCUGCAUGUGCACAAGUGCAGCAUCUGCAAAAAGUACUCAUGAAGAAAAGAGACCCUGUCAGCCAUGUGUGCUUUAUUGAUGAAAUUGCCAAGGAUGGCCAAGCAGACAUCUUGUGUACAUUUUGGAAUGCUGUCACACAGAUCCUUUCUAUUGAGUUCCAAAAGGCUACAAACUCCUCCUCAUUUCUGAAGCAGGCGUUGGAGGGUGAAUACCCGAAGCUGCUAAGAUUGUACAAUGAUCUGUGGAAGCGUCUUCAGCAGUACAGCCAGAGCAUUCAGGGCACUCUGACUGGCAAUGGGAACUCAGAUCUGCCUCCUGAAUUGCUUCCAGGAGAUGUGGAUUUGCAGGAUAUUUUCAUGCAGAAGAAACAAGAUUAUGAUCCAGAGAAAGCUCUGAAGGACUCCCUCCAGCCAUAUGAAGCAGCUUACCUGUCCAAGUCACUCUCCCGCCUGUUUGACCCCAUCAACCUAGUCUUCCCUCCUGGGGGACGCAAUCCUCCUUCCAGCGAUGAACUUGAGAGCAUCGUUAAAACAAUAUCAAGUGAACUGAAUGUGGCUGCUGUGGAUCCAAAUUUGAGUUUAGCUGUGGCGAAAAAUUCAGCGAAAACCAUCCAGCUGUUCUGUGUCAAAUCAGAACAACUUCUGUCCACUCAGGGGGAUGCCAGCCAGGUUAUUGGGCCACUUACUGAUGGGCAGAGAAGAAAUGUGUCUGUUGUCAACUCUCUGCAGCAACUGUUCCAGUCUGUGGGGAAGGUGAUUUUAGGUCUUAGUUCCUUCCCGCCAGCUGCUGAACAAGCGAUCACUGCUUCGUCAGAGAUGAUCCAGGCUCUCAUGGGCAGUGCCGUGCAGCCCCUGCUCAGUUCAGUCCGUGAUUCAGUGGAGGCGAUUCUCAUCACCAUGCACCAGGAGGACUUCUCGGGACCGCUGCCUAAUUUGGGUAAACCUGAUGUUCCCUGUUCGCUCUAUAUGAAGGAACUGCAAGGCUUUAUAGCUCGAGUCAUGAGCGACUAUUUCCGACACUUUGAGUGUGUGGACUUCAUCUAUGACAACACUGAAGCCAUUGCACACAGAUCCAUAGAGCUCUUCAUCAGAAAUGCAUGUCUGCUCAGGCCUCUGGGAGAAGGGGGCAAAAUGAGACUGGCUGCUGAUUUUGCUCAGAUGGAGCUUGCAGUGGCCCCUCUAUGCAGAAGAGUGUCAGAUCUGGGCAAGUCCUACCGUUUACUCCGAUCAUUCAGGCCAUUACUUUUCCAGACGAGCGAGCACAUUGCCAGGAGCCAGGCUGUGGGGGAUCUUAUCCCUUACAGUGCCGUCCUACACUUCUUAUUUACUCGGGCACCCUCCGAGCUGAAAUCCCCACACCAGAGAGCAGAAUGGUCCAUUGCUCGCUAUUCCCAGUGGCUUGACGACCACCCUUCAGAGAAGGAUCGGCUGAUUCUGUUAAGGGGAGCCCUGGAGGCCUAUGUUCAGUCUGUGCGAGCCAGAGAAGGGAAGGAGUUUGCUCCCGUUUAUCCAAUUAUGUUACAGCUUCUCCAGAAAGCUAUGUCUCUGGUUCAAUAAGAGAACCCCUACAAAUUGAAUAUCCUGUAAAUAUGCCUUGGUUAACUUUGUGUUUGAUAUACUGAAGGGGGCGGGCGGUCGGUCUUUCCUGAUAGAUUGCAUUUCAUAUAUUUAUACUGAGUGUACCAAAAUGGCUGUAGAAUUUAUUCAUUAUGUUGCCCUGAUAUUGCAACACUGUAGGGAUGUAUUAGACAUGUAUUUUUAAUUGAAGUGCAAUCUCUAGUUAUAGAAUGACCUGGCUUUCAAACAUUUGAUUUAGCUAUCUCACUGUGUAUCUAUGAGUCAGUGUUUUAUGUUAAAAAGAUUUAAGAAACUGAAUUCCAAAUUUUAAAAAAAUUCUAAUUUGUAAGGGUUUUGGCAAUAAAGAAAAAUAAUAAUAAAAUGACCUCCCCUAUAAAUAACAUAUUGGAUAAAAAUGCUCUUUUAUUCCUGUUGACUUUUCUCAGAUUUUUCUAAGUUUUCUCUGAUUUUCAUUUAAAUACAAUCAACAGAUAAUCACAUACAGCAUACUUGUUAGUCCUUAGUUCUGUACUAAGUUGAGUACUCGCAGCACAGUACCCUGUAACUACAGAUCACCUCUAACGCUGUACUGUCUUAUUAUCUUCUACCAACUGCAAAGAAAAAUCGGAAGCAACAAAGAUCAGCUGAUCGCCAACUUUAGUACAGACCACAGGGGUAAACUGAGCUCUUCUUUGUGUAUGGGGAGUGCAAGAGACAGGAACUGAAGAGAUCUGCAUUCUUGUACUGUAUUUUUCAACUAUAGUUUUAAAGCUCUAUGAUUUAAGUGUUUCUUUACAUUUCUUCACUCAAUUAUAUUAAUACAUUAAAAGUUGAUGUUCUGAGGUUUAAAAUAAAACCUACUUAAUAGGCUAUUAAGUUACCGUUUCAGCAUGCAAGCAGGUUGUUAUAUAUCCAGGUGUCAAUUUAAUUUGCCUAAAACACUAUUUGAAGAUAUUCAGUACCAGUAUCAGAGAAUAAAUUAGAAGUUAUGAGAAAUAAGAGAAGUGAGUCUACCAGACUUAUCGUCCUAACAUUUAUCUAAUUUUAGAUAGUAAUAAUUACACAAAUGUACACUAUUACUCAUGUAACAUUUUCAUCAGCAGAUGGAAUUUGAACAGAAGUUUAAUGUCCAUGUACUUUUGAUUGACAAGUUCAGAAUUAAUUUUAAACUCCAUGGUUUAUUAAAUUAAGUUCUUAAUACAUUGAAAAUUUAUAUAAGAUUCUAUUUGUAACAGCACUUGGUCUAAAAACUCACUGGUCUAACUCAUUACCUAUUUUUUUUACAGUCCUUUAGGGGCAGACAACCGAUGUGUUUGUUGCAACUGAAACACCUAAAACUUACCUGCAGACUAUCUGGAGUUGGCCAGUUUGUUGCAGUUGGCACUAUCUUCCAGGCUGUCAAUAGUACUGCCCUCUCUACUAACCACAGGAUCAUUCAGUUAUUGCGCUACUUUUUUGCAGUUCACCAAAGGUCCUGGUGGACAGCUGUUUAUCUUGUCACUGAUUUUGUGCAUUUUCCUUCUGCUGAAUAAAGUUUGUUUGAAGGGAAACUAAUCUAAUUUGUUUAAGGGCCACAUAUUACAUAUUGCCACGUGUGUUGAGUUUUAGAUCCCCCCAAACAAACUCAUUCACAAAAGAGCAGUGAUAUUAUAAUAUUACAUUAAAUGUUUAUUUUAAAAUGUGUAAUUUUUUAACCAAAUACUUGUACCUAAAAUGAGUUUGUCAAUUCAAACUAUACUUAAUGCAUAAAUAUUUUGUCACUUCACACAGUAAUGUAACUUGUUUGACAAGCUGUUACAAGGUAGGGAAAAAACACCCAUAUGAAAAAACAGUCAACACGUGUUUAAACUUUUAUUCAUAAUAUAAUAUUUUGUGCAAAAGUUUGGUGGGGCAACAAAUCUGUACAACAUUAUUGACAAAAUAAGUCAAAGGUAAUGCAAAACUGAAUACAAGCUGUAUAUUGUAGCUAUGACUGUGUUAUUGGUAACUGAUUUUUCAGAUACAUUUAUUGGUUGUAUUAGAUACAAUAAAGUGCAAAAACACUUAACCCUUUGCGGUCCUAUGUCAGACCAGGUCCGACAUCAUCAAAAAGAUGUAAAGGAGAGGUCUCUUUUCU